AUGGCUGUUUAUCGUUUCCUACGCUUUAUCUCUCUGCUUGCCGUGAGUACUGCCUUGAGGAAAUCUGUCAAGUCAAGACAGAAAUCUACCAAGGGACGUAGAACGGACGCUCAGCUAACCGCCGACCUCAAGGCUAAAGGGGUUUCAUUCCAGGCUAAGGCGACAGGCUGCAAGAUAAUGCACUCGACGCCUCUCAAUCCGAUGACUUUCACAAUAACGUUUGAUGGGAAGGCCCUGGAUACAGAGUUCGAAGAUACCCAGAAAAAGGAGAGCUUCAAUUUCUACGAGAGUGCAAAUACUGCAAUGUGGACCGAGCAAGACGACUUUGAUGGUAUUCAGCAUCUCGUGGUUUUGAAAAAGGAAGAUUGGCAGAGAUUUCGCUCCGAGUUACUGCCAUUGGCGCAUUUAUCACAGGAUACGCUUGAGAAGAUACAACAGCUCCUCACCCCCAAACGAAGGAAGAAACCUAUCGAACGGUCUCAAUGUCUUCGUCUGAUUGAAGUUAUCAUGAGUCAUGCGCCACUCCAGUACAAGCACUCUGAGGAGGCUAGCACUGAAUGGAUAUACAACUUCUAUGCAGCUCAUGGACAGAGAAUACGGAAAGAAUUAACAGAAAUAGAACGUAUCUCUGAUCUCCAGUCUAAAGGGGUAUGUACACACUCGUCCAACGUCGUGCACCGUCGUCAGCUUCGUCGGACAUUGAUCCAUCCGGAGAUUGCGGGAUGCAGGAUCGAGCAGAUCGAGCCUCUCCCAAGAAUGAACUUCACUGUCUUCGUUUAUAAAGACCAUUUGACCACACUGUUUGAAGACAGUGAGGCGGGGACGAGCUUCUACUUGUAG